AUGGAACCAACUGCAGGUGAGGGCGAUCAGUGCAUGAUCGGCAUGCAAAGGGUCCGGGGCGCGUUGCUGCGCUGGUGCUGGUGCUGCUGUACAAGUACUCGGACACGCGCCGCCGCCGACUACGUGGAUGGCAAAGAAUGCCCUCGCUGGGAAGAGGCUGCAAGAGUCAAGGCUUGGGUCCAGAGGGGAGAGGAGACGGCGUCCGAUGUUAAAUUACACAUGGGCGCCCCGAGGCGAAUAAGACGCGCCCACGGUCCUCUCAGCCUUCAGGGUGUCUUCACCGUCGCCUCAAGGGUGCGAUGGCAGAGGCCACGCGCUAGGCCGCUUUGGGAGAUUGGCGAACCUUACCUCCUCCUCUCCCGACCCCUCCUUCUCCUAUGUCCUCGCCUGCUCCCCGCCAACGUCUGCCUCUGGGGCCUGACCCCGUCGCACAUUGUGAAAAUGCACUCAAACACGCCUAAUUGA